UCAUACAUUUAUUUAAUUACAAUUAUAAGUUCCAAUAAGUGAUAGUGUUGAAAUAAGUGAAAUUCAAAAAUCAAUCUUGUCAUGGAGCAGCAUAUUGUUCCCUCUUGCUCUAGUGCAGUUGAUGAUCCAACUGAAGCAAUCCUAGUGCCUAUAAACGGAAUAGUGCAACCACCAGUUAUGCCAUUGCCAGGUUGUCGAGGCCGUGUGACGAACCAGCUUCAAUUCUUGAAGAAAAACGUCCUGGAAAAAAUAUGGAAUCACGAUUACGCCAAGCCGUUCAAAAAACCAGUAGACACAAUUGAACACAACAUACCGGAUUACUAUAAAGUGAUAACCAAUCCAAUGGACCUUGGCACAAUUAGAAAGCGGCUUAGCAACAGAUACUACUGGUCUUCAGAGGACUGCAUCAAAGAUUUCAAAAUGAUGUUCAAAAAUUGCUAUACUUACAAUGAUCCAGGACAGGAUAUCGUUCUGAUGGCUCAGACGCUUGAGAAGAUAUUCUACCAGAAGAUGGCUCUCACUAACAAGUCAUUGGAAGCUUCUCCGAAGGAAUUUGCUACGGAGCGAAAUUUUGGGAGUUUGCCAAUUCAAAAUUCCGUUGAGGAACCAAAUGAUCAGGUUAUUAGUGAGGUCGAAUCGACUGUGAAAGAUGUCGAGGUGGAUUCGAGUGUCAUCACGGAGUUUCGUGCUCUGAUGGAACGUCGGAGGAUCACCAGAGGCGAAUUUAGAGAACUCUCUCCCGGGCUCAAGAAUUGUAGGAAAAUCCUGAAGAAUCUUUUCCGUAAAAGACACUCUGAGUAUGCCUGGCCGUUUUACCUUCCUCUGAACGCAAAUCAUUGGAAGUUUGAUGAUUACCAUGAUGUCAUUAAGAAGCCCAUGGAUUUGCUGACUAUCAAGUGCAAACUGGAGGAUCGGAUGUAUGCAACUCCUCAAGAAUUCAUCGAAGAUGUGAGGCUCAUAUUCAGCAAUUGCUAUAAAUACGAUUGCCGUAAGUACAAAUUGGUUUCAAAUGCUCAACAGCUGCAGCAUGUCUUUGAAAUGAUGAUUUCGAAAAUUUAUGAUGAUGUAGAAGAAAUCGAGCUGGAUGAGGACAGCUCGGAUACUAGUAGUAGUAGUAGUAGUAGUAGUAGUAGUAGUAGUAGUAGUAAUAGUUGUGGUAGUAAUGUUUGUAGAAGUCGUAGUAAUAGUUGUAAUAGGAAUAAUCCUGAUAGUUUUAGUGCAGAGACAUUAGAAGGAAUGAGUCCGAAAUUUUGA